AUGAAGGCGGUAGUUAUUGCUGGAGGGCGCGGAACAAGACUCCGACCGCUAACAUUAUCUGUCACCAAACCAUUGAUCGAAUUUUGCAAUAAACCCAUACUUGAAUAUCAAAUAAGGGCGGCUAUCGAGGGCGGAGUGAACCAUGUAAUAUUAGCCACGUGCAACAUCUCCAAUGAUAUCAAACAAAUCAUUGAAAAUUUGCAACGAAAAUAUAAGAUAAAGAUUGAAUGCUCUAUUGAGAAUGUGCCCUUAGGCACUGCAGGACCUAUUAAACUUGCAGAACAAAUAAUAAUGGAUCCAGAUGAUCCAAGUGAAAAUAUAUUAGUUUUUAAUGGUGAUAUCAUUUGUAAUUAUCCAAUAACCGAACUUAUAUCUGCUCACAUAUGUAAGGAUGCGGAUGUUACAAUUUUGGCCACUAAAGUUGAGAAUCCAUCAUCUUUCGGCGUUAUCUUGCACAAUGAUGACAUGAGAGUUGAUAAAUUUGUGGAGAAGCCCAGUGAAUUUAUCGGUAAUUUAAUCAGUGCUGGAAUGUAUGUUAUGAAUAAAAGAGUAAUUGCUGAUAUUCCCCUAAAAAAUACUUCUAUAGAAAGAUUUCUUUUUCCAAAAAUAGCUGAGAGACACAGACUAUACUGUUAUCCAUUUGAAGGAUUGUGGUCCGAUGUAGGGACUCCUAAGGAUUAUUUGAAGGCUCAAGAAUUGUAUAUUAAGUUGUUAUCUCAAACAUUUGAACAUGAAAAUCAGCUUUUACACUCUACAAGCUUUGGAAAUUUAUUUUCAACUAGUGAUGAACCAAGAUUAUCUGAUACUGAUCCUGGUGCAACUUUAGUUGAAGAUUUAUCUGAAAUCAAAUUUAAUGUCAUACCACCUAUACUGAUUCAUCCAGAUGCCGUGAUUGGUAAGGGAUGUAAAAUUGGGCCGAAUGUGUGUAUCAGUAGUAAUGUUACUAUUGGGGAGGGAUGUAGAAUACGGAAUUCAUCAAUCAUGAGUGAUGUUAAUAUCGGAAAUUAUUGUUUUAUCGAUGGUGCAAUUCUGGGUUGGUCUUGCAAGUUGAAUAAUUGGACACAUAUAGAAGGUUUGUCUGUAUUUGGCGAGGAGGUUGAAAUAAAUGAAUCACUAGUUGUAUGUGGUAGUUACAUACUACCACACAAAAUUAUAUCGGAAAGCAUAUACCAAUCUGGCACUAUAAUUAUGUAA